UGGAGGACACAUCUGUCAUUUCCUGCCCCCUUCGGCCGGUUGUUCAAUUUUCCAAGCAGCUUGUGGAAGGCAUUGCUGAAAUGUUUAACUUUUUCAUGUCCCAGUGAUUUAGAAGAGAUGUCCUGCUUCAGACUUUGAAACUCUGUGCUAAGAAGAUGAGGGGGUUCAGCCUCUGUCUCCUUCUCUGCCUGCUCAGCUUUUCUCUUAAUGCGACGGAGAAAAUCUUGACGUCUCUACCGAGACGCAAUGUGAAUAUUCCUUGUCCAAGAGGUGGCUCUUUUUCUAGGAUGAAAUGGUACAGGCAGCUCGCCAAGCAGCCCCCAGUGCACAUCUCACUUCCAGUGUACUCGGUUUACCCACAGGUUCCCUCUCACUAUGGGCUGGGAAAAAACAACACCUUGCUUGUCCGCAAUGUGGACUCCAAGGAUGAAGGCACAUACUACUGUGGGAACCUGGAAAACGAAGUGAUCAUCUUCGGUGAAGGAGUCAGGCUUAUCAUUGGCGAGUUUCAGGAAAUUCCAGAGACCUUAAUUUGUGAGAAUUCUCAUUAUGGGCUGUUCGUAGUGCUGGGAGUUCUGCUGCUGGCCGUCACGCAUGUCGCUGUGUGUGCCGUGUACAAGCUGAGAUUUUCAGGAAAACAAGCAUCAAACAACGACCAGAAACAACCUUCAACUUCUGCAGUCUCAAAUAUCAAAGGGGCACCGGAAGGCGAGUACCAGGAACUCGCUUACAAUCACCAGUCCAUCUACCACGUAUGUGAAAAUCGGGCCGGAGUGCAGACGCCAAGGAAAUAGACAGCAAAUGAAGAGACAGCCAUCUUGGAUUGUGGCUAGGUUUGAAGAUGAGGCCGUGACUCUCCUACAAUCCCUCCCUAUUCAGCCCUUCAACAGUCAAUUCUGUCCUCUGAGACAUGUCCAGUCUGUGAACACUGUGAAGAUUCACCAAUAUGUCUUAUUUUGUCCCUCAAUAGCACCACCUCCACUUUACUAUUCUGUUUGCAUAGAUCCUUUCCAUUCCCACCCACAUUGAUUCAUUUCCUGUAUCCAUUUUAUUGAGUUCACCUGCCUGUGUUUGUGUGACGCUGGACUGUAAUUGUUAUGUGUGCUGUUAAUGGUGCCAUAUAAAAUAAAGUCACAGAGAUAUAGUGCUGUC